UUCCUAGUCGGAUUCGUUAACCACUGCACCACGACGGGAACUCCUGUCACAUGAUUUUCAACCGUGUUUCUGGAAGGUGCUGGAGAGACUGCCUCUCCUCCCCCCCCACACACUGGAGGGCCAAAAGUGUGUCCCCAGCGCCGAGCAAGCCGUCCAGCACACAGUAGGAGCCAGGAAAACAUUUACUGGAAUAAAGAAGGACCUGAGGGAGGACAGGCAGUAGGGAAGGAGUGAGUGAGGCUUGCCCUGCCCCCCUCCGGCCAGGUCCAUCCCCACUGACCGGCUAUAAAACGGAACAAGGCCCCACCCAGGGCCGCCGGCUGUGGUCCCUGGCAGCCUCGAGCUGCACCCCUUGGCUUUUGGCCUCGGGGGACUGGCUCCUUUCCUGCUGCCCCAGCAGCUGCACCCAGGCUCUGACCCUGGACCAGGGUGGGGUGUGGGGAAGGUCUCCCAGAAGCCCCCACGCCUGCCUCGGAGGUGGAGGGCUGCUCCCCGCCCUGUCCAGCUAUGUCCUGACCCUGAGCCUGUGCAGCGGGAGCCCGGCCCUCCCGGGAGGCCUCCUCCGGGCCCAGGACCAGGGGCACUGACAGGGUGUCCCAUCCACAGGUGGGCGGUGGAGGCCCCAGACCAGGCCCCAGCAAAGCUCUCCAUCAGGUCCAGGCAUCCCAGCCUCCGUUCUGCCCCCAGGCAUGUUUGCAAAGGCAAAAUCAUGCUUUUAAAAACUCGUUUGAAAUGUAAAAUGUUAAGUAUAAAAAGGAAACCACAACGUCCAGCUUGGCCUUCCUCCUGCUGGGCACCUGCCAAGGGUCAGGCUGUGUUGGAGGCAGAGCCCCUGGGGGGCUGAUCCCCCUCAGCCCCUGAGGAAACCCUGCCCGGCUCCCGCCCCGCCUGGCUCUGGCAUUUCGCAUUUCCCACGUUCAGUCCAACCCCACCCCAGCUGAACAGACGUGAUGACCAAGGCCCUGGCAGGCGCUGACUACACCAGGGACACCGGGGGACAGCCUGCCAGCAGGCGCUCCCCCUUCCUUCCAUCCGUCCACGUCCUCGGCACCCGGCACGGUCAGCUGCGGGGACCCUCUCCAAAGUGUCCCCCGCGAUGCCUGACACGCUCCCGCGAGGCCCUCGGGGGAGGGAAUUGGGGCAGGACCUUGGGGGCCUCGCGACCCUCCCUCGCACCCCGGCACAUGCGCCCCACCCAUGUGCACUCACGCGCACGCAUCGGCUUGGCGGUGUUGGUGGCGCUGGCGGCUCCUUAUGAAAUAACUGAGCGCUUUCAACCGCUUUUCCCCUCGAGGGCCCCAGUUGAGACAUCACUUUAUGCUGCUCCCCCUGGGAGACCGACUUUGCUCCCGACCCAGGCCCACGGGACCCUCUCUGAGCCUCGGGGCCUCCCUCCAGGAAAUCUGCAGGGCGACGGCUGGCGUCUCACCAGGACCUCAGGAGGCGCAAAGGAGCAGGGUAACGUGGCCAAGCUCGCAGCCGGGGCGGCACGGGGCUCGUGCCCUCGACGCAGCAGGCCCCUUGCGCCCUCCAACCCGCUGGGGCAGGAGAAGGGCCAGGAAGCCUCAGGGGCCCAGCCCACACGGCAAAGGACCAGGCAGGGGACAGGCUGUUUUGGGCAGAGGUUGGGGUGAGCCAGGGCUGAGGCCACAAGGAGCAAGACCGGGUCCCCGAGCCUCCUGCCAGGUCCCAGGCCAAUUCGCUGUGAGGCUUCUCAUCCCAGUUCUACUGGGGAGUCCACGGCUAAGAUUCGAGAGGGUCCCGGAGCCUCUGAGUCCAUCCCCACCCCCACUCCCUCAGCGGCUAGAGCCCCGGGGUCACCAGGACACAGGAAGGAGCCACUUCCCACGCCUCCCCUCUGACCCCUUUCCAGCCCCGCAGCCUGAGGGGGCACCGGGUGACGGGGGUUCAGCGCAACAAGCAGCAGCCGGACUCAGGGCCGUUCACUGCCCCUCUUCAGCCCCCUCCCCGCUCCCUCUGCCCCCACUGCUCCCCUGCCUGCUGCCCACCUCAGGACCUUUGCACGUGCUAUUCCUGCUGCCCAAGCCUCCUUCCCCAGCUCUCCACUCACCAGGCUCCUUCUCAUGUCCAGAGCCCCCCACAUCCUCAGACCACAGAGGCCACCCCGCCCCUUUUCUCACGAGACACCAUGUUUUGUCUCCUGGCACUUUCCUUUCAAACCCUGUCCCAUUUUUUCCUUCGCAAGUUCAUUUUCCAACCUCCCCACCACCAGGAUAUCUGUCUCUCACUGCUGCGCACAGGGCCUGGCACACAGCGGGCGCUUAAUAAAAACUCGCAGGCGAAUGAAUGGAUUCUGUGAUUACGAGAGUCCAAGUCGCGUCCCCGCACUCAGGGUGUGAUGGGCAGUCAUUGGUUGACUGUCUGACCUGGCAGCGGCAUCCCUGGAUAAAGGGAGAAGGCAGAGGACAGCACACAAAGGGACAGAAGGGACUCAGUGCUGAGCAGCCGGGCCCACGACACACACCUCCUGCCCUGCCCUCACCACCUGCCCGGGGCUCCAACCCCCGGCUCACACCUGGCAGGCUCUCCCAGCCUCUGUCCUCAGAACCCCCCACAACGGGCCAGGCCUGGACCAGAGGCGGGGCCUCCGAGGCCCACGGGCUGGUGUGAGGGGCCAGGAGCUGCCAGGAAGUGAGGGCCUGAGGCUGCAUGAGGGCUAAUGGGUUGCUAAUGGCCAAGCAGCAGCGACCUGGUGGCCCCUGGCUCCCCGGGGGGCUGUUAACAGUCUUAAUGGGGUCUGAGAGGCCCCCUCCAGAAGCAGGCCCUCCCCUCCUGGCCCAAGGUCCUCAGGGCUGUAAAGUGGAUAAGUAGAGGGGGGGCGGUGAGGCCCAGACGAGCACCCCCCACACUGUUCUCAGGCAGCUCAGAGCCUAGAACCAGCUCGGAAGGUGGGGGAGGAGGCCGGCCUCGUUCCCCUCGUGACAGCAGGAGCACUGAGGCCACAAGAACCUGUCCGGUUCAUCCCCGCCUCCUCUCCUGGCUGCAGGAGCCCGGCCACGGGCCCAGGAGCAGCUUCCAGUCCAGGCCAGCGGAGGACGGUCUGGGGACAGCUCACCCACUGGGCACCGUGGGGGCAGUGCCCAGGGCCCACAGAACUUCUAGGAUCCACGGCAGGAAUGGUGAGAGGAGAGAAGAGAUAAUUUGGCAGGGCCUUGAAGCCCAGAUAAGUCUGAGUUUGGGUUGGAUCUGUCAGCAGUAGGAGGUGAAGGAAUCUGUGCUGGAGUCAGAUGCUAGAAAAAUCCCUCCAGACAAGAGAUGAAUGCAGAGACCGAGGCAGAAAAGGAUGGAGAAAUAAAACAGAUGGACACGUGGGCAGUUGGAUGCGUGAACAGAUAGGUGAGUGCAUGUGGGACAGAGCUGGCCUGUUGGAUGGGGUGGCCGCGUGGGUCAAGACGGGUGGAGAGGUGAGUGGGCGGAUACAUGGGUGAAGGGAUAGGUGAGGGGUGGUCGGGUGGAUGGACUGGCAGGUGCGAGGACAGGUUAGUGGAUGGAUUGAUGGGUGACGAGUGGGUGGACGGGUGGGUGGAUGGACAGAUGGAUGGAGGGUGAACAGAUUAACAUUCCUCACACAGGUGGAUGAGUGAACAGAAAGGUGAGUAUACAGAAGAGAAAGACGGGCACUUCCGUCGUGGCGCAGUGGUUAACGAAUCCGACUAGAACCAUGAGGUUGCGGGUUCGAUCC